AUGUUUGGGUUUGGUAAAUAUGGAAAGGAAAGGCUGACUGAAAUGAAUACCCUCAAAAAUGAAAUGGUAGAAAUGAAUGAAAAGGUGAGUAACCCCCACCAUAGUAAUGAACUACCGAAAGACAAUAAGAAUGGAAUGAAAAAAAUGGAUGAAAAAAUGAGUCACUAUAAUAAUGGACAUGGAUGGAAAGGAAAAGAACAAACAGAAAAUGAAUUCACGAAAAAACCAUUAAACUGUGAACAUUGUAAUAAACAUGUACAUCCAUUAAUUAAAUCGUAUACUCCUAUAUUUGUAUAUAUAUUAGUAAUAUUAUUAUUUUUAUUUAUUUCAUUUUUUACAAUAUGCUUAUUACCAAUAUUAUAUUUAACUUUUAAAGAAAAGAAAUAUGUCUGUCCUAUCUGUGAUCGUACUUUAGUGACAUCAGAAAGUUCAAUUAAAAUAACACGAGAAAAUAAAAUAAUAACAUUACAACUUCAGAAACUUGCAAUAAUUGUAUCCGAAAAAUAUUUAGCAUUAUUUUUAUUAUUAAUAUUUUUAAUAUUUUUUUUUUAUAUUUUAAGAAUAUCAACAAAUAUGAAUUUUGAUUCUUUAGCUAAAGGUCCCAACAUAUCAGUCACAUGGGUCGACUAUUUAGAUGAUUGUGGAAAUAAAUCACAAUUUCGAAAUAGUUUUAAUAGUGCAUAUAAUUUUAAAAAAAAAUAUUAUGGUAAUACAAUAAAAUGGGAAGGGAAUGUUGUUCAAAUAAGGGAAGGUUUUUUCAGUAGUAAUGUGUUAUAUGUAAAAAUGAAUCCAUCAGAAUAUAAAAACAAUAAACCAGAUGUGAUGGCACUUUUUAAUGAUUCUUUAAUAAAACAAGUUCAACAUUUACAACAAAAUGAUUUAAUUUCCUUUGAAUGUACUUUAAUUCAAAUCAGUAGAAAUAAAGAUCCACAUACUUGUUUAUUAUGGAAUGUGGUUUUAUUAAAAAAAUAUCAGAAUAAAAAUGUAGAUAUUAUUAAUUUUGUUAAACAUAUGUCAAUUUUUGAUAUAAUAAAUCAUGAAACCAAUUUAAAUCCUUUUUUUAUUCGUUCAAAAGAUGAUGAAUUAGAAUCUGAAAUAAUUAAUACUGAUGAUAAUGAUGUAGAUAACAAUGAUUUGACAAGUUAUCCAUCAGGACAUUCAUCAGAUUCUAUCAAGGUCAUAAAUGUAUCAUCAACGAGCCCAAAAGUUAGUGGUGUCAUGGUAGAUAAUGAAUAUAUUGUUAAUGUAGAUGCAGAUGAUAUGGAUGCAUUAUCUAAUAUUACUGGAUUAAAUUACAUAAAUCCAAAUCAUAUUGCUUAUAAAGAAUCUGUGUAUAAACAAGUACUAAAUGAUAUACAACUAAAUAGCAAAUAUCCUCCAAAUAUGGUAUAUAAUGAUUUAUAUGAUAAUAAUGAAGAUAUGGAUAAUAAAAUUAAAUUAUCUUUAAAGGAUAUGGAUAACACACUUGAGCAUAAAAAUAUUAUAGAUAUAAUUCAUGAAGAAGGUGAGCAUAAACAUUAUUUAAAUAAAGUUGGAUCAUCAUAUAUGGAUAGCAACAUAUUAGAUACUAUCUAUGAGCAUGAUAUUCAUCUCCCCCAUUUCAAUGAAGUAGAACAUGAUAUCGAUGCUGCUCUCUAUGACUCUUUAGUGGAAUUUUCCAAAAAUGAUUCAAUCCAUUUUUCUUCAUUAAACGGAAAAAAAGUGCAUAUCAAUGAUUAUGCCAACUCAAGUAAUAAUAUACAUAUUUCAAAUGGCUAUGAUAACAUAUAUGUAAAUAAAAAUCCUGACACAACUGAAAGCUCCAUAUUGUAUGAUCGAAAUGUAGAACCUGAACAAACGACCAUCUCGGAUCCAAUACAAAUAGAGCACUCAGAAAAAAAUGAAUCGAAUGAUGUUGAAAUUAUCAUAAAUGAUGGAUCUAACAAAAAAGAAGAAAUUACAAAAUAA